AUGAACGCUAUGCAAGAUUUUGAGUCUGUGUUCAGUCUUCACUUUAUGUUUGAAAUUCUUGCAGUUACAGACGACCUUUCACAAGUUUUACAGAAAAAGGAUCAGGUUAUUCAAAAUGCUAUGAGGUUAUUGAAUUUGUGUAAGUGUGCAUUGCUGAACCUGAGAGAGAAAGGUUGGGAUACUUUGUUGAGUAAGGUGAUUGAGUUUUGUGUUGAUAGACAUAAUUUAGUGCCCAAUAUGGAGGAUAUUAUAGUAGUGAACGGUCGACCUAGAUGUGUAGCUCAGCGACGAAGCUUUUUUAAUCUCAAUAGCAUAUUUUGUGUAGCUCAGAAGUUGGUUAAAACUAGAAGCGCCUAUUAUUUUCCAUUGGUUUAUAGGCUGCUCACCUUGGCUUUGAUAUUACUUGUGGCAACUGCAAGUGUUGAAAGAGUAUUUUCUGCUAUGAAUCUAAUCAAGAAUGACUUGCGCAACUAA